AUGGCGGUUCCACGCGAAAGCACCAACAUUGUCGUUGUUGGAGGAGGCGGCACAAUAGGUUCUUCAACGGCUCUCCAUCUUAUUCGAUCCGGAUAUAAGCCUACCAACAUCACCGUCUUGGACGUGUAUCCAAUUCCGUCGUCUCAAUCAGCCGGCCACGACCUCAAUAAGAUUAUGAGUAUCCGAAUUUUAAACAAGCCGGAUUUGCAGCUAUCCUUGGAGGCUCUGGAUAUGUGGAAUAAUGAUCCAUUGUUCAGACCCUUCUUCCACAACGUGGGCAUGGUUAAUUGCUCCUCGUCAGAUAAAGGAAUCCAAGGUUUGCGACGGGCCCGUCAAAAUCUGAUCAAUGCAAAGAGCGACCUAGAGAAGACGAAUGUCUGGCUAGAUAACGAAGAUGAGAUUCUGGCCGAGAUGCCAGCUUUCACGCGAGAGCAAGUCAAAGGAUGGAAGGGGGUCCACAGUCUGGACAGCGGCUGGCUUGCUGCAGCCAAGGCCAUCAACGCUAUCGGAAAUUUUCUUCGAGACCAGGGCGUCAAGGCCGGGACUUUCGCUCAACCUCUCCUGUCUGAUGAUGGGAAGACUUGCACUGGCGUACAAACACUCGAUGGCGCAAAAUACUAUGCCGACAAGGUAGUUCUAGCUACCGGUGCUUGGAGCCCGGCUUUGGUCAAUCUCGAAGGGCAAUGCGUUUCAAAGGCCUGGGUUUUCGCUCAGAUUCAACUCACCCCUGAAGAGGCAGCCGAGUUCAAGAACGCACCUGUGAUUUACGACGGUGAAUACGGCUUCUUCUUUGAGCCAACGGAGGAAAACAUCAUCAAGGUGUGCGAUGAGUUUCCCGGCUUCACUCGCUUUCUUUCGCACAAGCCGUUUGGUUCCGAUGUUGCGAAGCAGAUUUCCGUUCCCCGAUCUCACUCCCAACAUCCCACAGAUACCUACCCUGACGCUUCCGAAGGAUCCAUUCGCAAGGCAGUUGCUAGAUUCCUGCCACGUUUUAAGGACCGACAACUCCUAAAUCGGAGUAUGUGCUGGUGCACAGAUACUGCUGAUGCCAACCUGUUGAUUUGCGAGCACCCCCGGUGGAAGAACUUCAUCCUGGCAACUGGAGAUAGCGGACAUAGCUUCAAGUUUCUGCCCAACAUUGGAAAGCAUGUAGUCGAGCUGAUCGAGGGAACCCUCUCUGAAGACCUGGCGUAUAAUUGGAGAUGGAGGCCUGGUGGUGAUGCUCUGAAGUCUGGUCGAGCUGCUCAUGCAAAGGAUCUGGCUGAUAUGCCAGGCUGGAAUCAUGACCAAACCAGCAAGCUCUGA